AUGGAAUCCGAAGUUACAAACGAACCUCAAAUCGACUACAACGAGGUUCUCGUCCAUAUCUCCACGAAUCUCACCAACGCCUUGAACACCUACGGGUCAUCCUCUGCGCAGUAUCAAACGGUCCUGGAAAUUCUCAAAGACUGUUUGCGACAAAUUGACAGGGCGCGGAACCAGGUGGCUCAGAACUUGGACCCCGAUACUCUCAGCGUCGCGUUGGGUUUCCUGGAGAUCGGAAAGUGA